UCCAGGGGAAGCAAAGAAGGCUUGAAACAACAGCUGAGCCAGCCCCUAUAUGAUCACAUUAAAAUAACGAAGACUGUCAUCACAGCAGGAAUGUACCAGAAAAAUGAUGGGAAGAAUUCAGCAGUGAGGGGGAAAAGAGAAUCAUCGGAUGAGUUUCCUUCUCAAGUUGUGUCUCUGGACUUGAAAUCCUGCAUAUUUGCUUCUAUGGAGUAAUUGUAUUUGGUAUUUCUUUGGAAUAUCCUUGGAGGAGCUAUCAUGACAACUAGUAGCCGUGCUUGUCCUGUACCAAUGGUGAACGGACAUAUGACUCACUAUCCAGCACCACCGUAUCCAUUACUUUUUCCUCCUGUCAUCAGUGGACUUUCACUGUCCUCCCUUCAUGGCAUUCAAGGUAACCCACCAACUAGUGGCUGCAGCACCCCAUCACCAGCCACAAUUGAAACUCAGAGCACCAGUUCUGAGGAACUUGUUCCCAGCCCGCCUUCCCCGCUUCCUCCGCCUCGUGUUUACAAGCCCUGUUUUGUUUGUCAGGACAAAUCUUCUGGAUAUCACUAUGGUGUCAGUGCGUGUGAGGGAUGUAAGGGUUUUUUCCGCAGAAGCAUUCAGAAGAACAUGGUUUAUACAUGUCACCGAGAUAAGAACUGUGUUAUUAAUAAAGUCACUAGGAAUCGCUGCCAGUACUGCAGACUACAGAAGUGCUUUGAAGUGGGAAUGUCCAAAGAAUCUGUCAGAAAUGACAGGAACAAAAAGAAGAAGGAGCCUUUGAAGCAGGAGCUUAUGGAGAACUAUGAAAUGACAGCCGAGUUGGAUGAUCUCACAGAGAAAAUCCGGAAAGCCCACCAGGAAACGUUCCCUUCACUCUGCCAGCUGGGUAAAUACACUACGAACUCUAGCGCUGAUCAUAGAGUUCGACUGGACCUUGGGCUUUGGGACAAAUUCAGUGAACUAGCUACAAAGUGCAUUAUCAAAAUAGUGGAAUUUGCUAAACGGUUGCCUGGUUUUACAAGUUUGACCAUUGCAGAUCAGAUCACGCUACUUAAAGCAGCUUGCUUGGACAUCUUGAUCCUUAGAAUUUGCACAAGAUACACCCCAGAACAAGACACUAUGACAUUUUCAGACGGCCUUACACUGAACCGAACGCAGAUGCACAACGCUGGAUUUGGUCCUCUGACUGAUCUUGUGUUCACGUUUGCCAAUCAGCUCCUGCCCUUAGAAAUGGAUGACACGGAAACAGGCCUGCUUAGUGCCAUCUGCUUAAUCUGUGGAGAUCGUCAGGACCUUGAAGAACCAACAAAAGUGGAUGAGCUACAGGAGCCAUUAUUAGAGGCGCUCAAAAUAUACAUACGAAAGAGAAGACCUAACAAGCCUCAUAUGUUUCCAAAGAUCUUAAUGAAAAUCACAGAUCUACGUAGCAUCAGUGCAAAAGGUGCUGAACGUGUUAUUACACUGAAAAUGGAAAUCCCUGGAUCAAUGCCUCCUCUAAUCCAAGAAAUGUUGGAAAACUCAGAGGGACAUGAACCACUGACACCAAGCUCAACUGGGACCACAGCAGCGCACAGUCCUAGCAUCUCCCCGAGCUCAGUGGAUAACAGCAGUGUCAGUCAAUCCCCACUAGUGCAAUAAGACGUUUCCCAGAUACAUUCCUAACACUUUACGUACAGGGAUGACAUGCAAGAAAAACAUUUUUACUGCUGCUUUAGUUU